AUGAGAACUGAAACAAAAUUGCUUCCUCAGUGUUGGGAACAAAUAAAUCACAUGUACGAGGAACGUAGACUGCUUGUUUCUCAAUCAUGUGGGGAGCUAGCAGAAUUUGUACGCCUUGAGAUUCGCGAUUCUCUUAUUUUAUCAAUUGUGCAACAACUAAUAGAAGAUUCUGCCACUAUUGUUCGAGAGGCCACAACUCAUAAUUUGGCUAAGCUCCUUCCGCUUUUCCCAAACACGGAUAAAUAUUUCAAGGUUGAGGAGUUGAUGUUCCAAUUGAUAUGUGAUCCCACAGGAGUGGUGGUGGAAACUACACUCAAAGAGAUGGUUCCUAUAGUUGUAAAGUGGGGAAACAAAUUAGACCAUGUUUUGGGGGUUUUACUCUCUCAUAUUUUCAGCUCUGCUCAGCACUGUCCACCGUUUUCUGUAGUUGAAGGGUGUAUAGAGUCAUAUCUACAUGUGUUGGGGGAAAGAGAGCGCUAG